CCUACAGAAAUGAAUUUAUUGCCCUACACGACACUGGCAUCAUACAUAUUCUCUAUUCUAUCCUUCGUGCAGGCGAUGGGGAGUAUGCUGGCGGGCGUUGCUGUUAUCGCCGUGUAUGAAUCUUGUGAUAGGGAAUGGACUUUGAAGAUUCAUGGCUGAUCCGUCAGGGAGCUUACUACUUCAUUGCCCAGGUCCUCACCUCCACUUCCGCGUAUGUCGCACUCUUGUGAUUAUAGCGAGCCCCAGCCUUUCCUUCGUCGUCUCCAUCAUAUGUCUCAUGGCCGGUGAGACCCUCGGUUCUUCUGCGCAGCCCACUGACAGAUUAUGUGCCCUAGCAUUGAUGAUCGCCGGCAUGACGUCUGGUGUCUGGUUCAUCCGGUUAAUUGUUUACCUUGAAGUCGUAUGCUGGAUAUGGGUACCAUUCGUUUUCCUCUGGUGUGCUGUUCCGGAGGAGUUUUGGGACACUCACUUGAUGAAGGUUGGAGAUAUCGCACAUUCUCUGAUGCGAGUCCCCAGACCCUGGCGGAAACGACAAGGAUCAAUGCCGCUAGGAAGGUAGAGCUUUGUGAGAAUAGAUUACGCGGGACAUAGGAGGGAUACUUCACAAUUCGACCCUCGGGAACUCGAUGACAUGACUUAAAGAGGUUCGCAGGCCGCAUGUACCAACUUUAAUCAAAACUAUUUUCUUCGUGAUAG